GAAGAUCAGAUGUGCAGAACCAUUUCACCACGCAUAACAGAAUAGAACGGGAGGCAACCUCAAUUAAGACACACUUUUAUUCGCAUUUCUCAGUUUGUUUUAUAGUUUUGUUUGAAGGACUUUUUAAGAAUAUAUAUAUAUAUAUUUGCCACGUUAAAGAUGAAGAUAUUUUUGUCACUGGCUGUCAUAUGUUUUGCCAUAAAUAGCGGAACGGGAGCCCCUUCCAAGGCUAGGUACAUGUUUGUGAAAUGUCACCCAUUGGGAAACGACUCCAACUGCGUGACCCACCAAGGCCCAGAGAUGAAUCUCACUACAGACCUACCUGACAAACUGCCAGCUUCCGCCGCACCGUACAUAGGGGCACAGCCAGUGGAGGAUGGGCCCGUGACAGAGAGGAAAGAGCCCAAGGUGGAGUCGGUUACAUCCUUGACAGAAGAUGGUUCCGGAGUUUUCGAGGGCUCCACAGGUUUUGAGGGAUCUGCAGUUGAAUCACCCGUGGCAGAUGGCUCUGGAGAUUUUUGGACCCAAUUAGCGGGGGAUGUUAUGGCUGAUUACCGACCAGCAGAAGAAGAGCUGAGAGAAGACCAUCUGCUGGAUCUGUAGACACACACACACACACA